CGAGAAGCAAUAAUUAUGUCGGGCUCGGUAUUUCAAAAUUAACAAACCAAGAUUGAAUGACUGAGCGCCAAAAAUAGGAGGCAAUCCGGAGAAAUUCGUCAAAUCGAAAGUUGCACCAGUUGGAAGAGAGUUUAACAAAAUCGUUAAGACAGGUUAGAGAUUCAUUAAAAAUGUCUUCAACAUCGCAAAAGCAUAGAAAUUUUGUUCAGGAACCGAUGGGUGAAAAAUCAGUCACAGAAUUGGCUGGUAUUGGAGAAGUAUUAGGAGGACGCCUCAAGGAUCAUGGAUUUGAUAUGGCCUACGUUGUCUUGGGACAGUUUUUAGUUUUGAAAAAGGAUGAAGAGAUGUUCAAAGACUGGUUAAAAGAGACAUGUGGAGCCAAUGCUAAACAGCAGGGGGACUGUCACCAGUGUCUCAAAGAGUGGUGUGACAAUUUCCUGUGAAACCCAUUGACAUCAACUGCUUAAAUUGUAAAAACAAAGUGAAAAUAGAAGUUGUGCUAUGACCAGUUCAGCUGAUGAUGUAAACUGAGUGAACAGCAUUACAAAAGACAAUUUUUAAUUUAAUUGCUGAAUGUUUUUUUUUAACCUUUGCUCUAGCAUUACAUUUUGUCAGUUAUAUUUUAAUAUUCACAUACAUUUAGGUAGAAAUAAUUUGCAACAUAAAGUUUGACACAAUCAAUAAGGUGACAGUUGAUUUUUUUGUAAAUAAAAGAUUCUGGUAACAGGUAUGAUGUGACAAUAUUUAAUUAUAUACCGCCGCGGUAGUUAGUAGUCAACAUAGAGUAUCAUGUUUAUGAUUUAAAUAUUCAGCUUCUUGAGUGCAUUUAUCAGUUUUAUUAUUGUUUUCAAAAAUUUACUGGAAAUAUUCUAUUUUCAUUAGUCAAUGGAGUUAUUUCUUUAUUCCAUCAGUAAUGUUUUAGUUCCUUGAAUGGAAAAUAUAAGUAUAGUACAGUGAACAAUUAAUUUAUGUUUCCUUUUCGAGCAAUAUUUUAUCCAUAAUCUGUAACCAAAAUAUCUUAAACAACAGUAUUUUAAAAUUUAUAAAGUACUACAUGUUUGUAUAUAAAACUACUAUAUAUAUACUACUACUUCUGUAUCUAUAUAAAUUUGAAAAAGAAAAGGAUUUUUUUUUCCACAAACACAUUUUCCCACAUUUGACUUAACUUUUUUUUUGUCCAGAAAAACUAAAGAUUAAUAAUAAUUUUUCUAGCCUUGUCCCUAGCUUUGUAUUGUAUAGUAGUGUUGUGUCGUAUGUUACUCUUUACUGUACAGACACCAAGUAUUUUGUGCUUAAAACGUUAUAAUCCAUUAUAUAUGUGUAUGCUGUGUUUGCAAACCCAUUUUGAUAAAUGGUUGAGAUUAGUACAUGUAAUACAGGAUUAGUGUAUGUCUUGAUUUUAUUAAAUGAUUGAUUCUCUUAGUUAAUGUAGAAAAAAGAAUUCUCGUUUUGAAUAUUUCAUUUAAAAACCAGAUACUGUAGUACACUUUGAUUACAACAUGAACAACACUUAUACAGUUAUGGUAUGAUACAUUAAGAAUUAGAAUUAAAGGGGAAAGAUGGAUAUUUUUAUUUAAGCUCGGUGUUAUAUAUGUAUAAACUUUUUGCCUACGUCUUAAUAAUGUUAAUAGAAUGUUCAUUUAAGAUAAAAAGAUUCAAUAAAGAAUGUGUUAUAGAUUUAA